GAGGCAAGGGAGCUGGAAGCAGAGUGGACUGAGCAGCUGGUAGGGGAGACAGCAGUCAAGGCACCAGUCACCCCACAUAGAGCACCAGCUCCCUCCUGCCUGAAGAUGUUCGACCGAAUUUGGGCAGCUCUGCUCUACCUCUAUGGUAUUCUCCUUAAUUCCAUCUACCAGUGCCCUGAGCACAUCCAACUGACAACUCUAGGAGUGGAUGGGAAGGAGUUCCCAGAGCCCCACCUGGGCCAGUGGUACUUUAUCGCAGGGGCAGCUCCCACCAAGGAGGAGUUGGCGACUUUUGACCCUGUGGACAACACUGUCUUCAACAUGGCUGCUGGCUCAGCCCCGAUGCAGCUCCAGCUUCGUGCUACCAUCCGCACGAAAAAUGGGCACUGUGUGCCCCGGAAAUGGAUCUACCACCUGAUCGAAGGAAGCACAAAUCUCAGAACUGAAGGCCGCCCUGACAUGAAGACUGAGCUCUAUGCCAGCUCAUGCCCUGGUGGAAUCAUGCUGAAAGAGAUGGGCCAGGGUUACCAGCGCUUUCUCCUCUACAAUCGCUCACCACACCCUCCGGAGAAGUGUGUGGAGGAAUUCCAGUCCCUGACUUCCUGCUUAGACUCCAAAGCUUUCCUACUGACUCCCAGGAAUCAAGAGGCCUGUGAGCUGUCCAGUAUCUGAUCUGUAACUUCAUCUACAUCCCCAGAUGGUACGGUGGGAGCUGAGUUGUUGGGGGGAGAAGCUGGAGACUCCUGACUCCCCUUCAAGAAUAAUAAAGAUGAUUUUUCAAUCCUCA